UAGGGUUUCUCCGGCCGCGCUUGCAUACAGCGCCAUGGUUGUGAGCAAGCUUUCGAAAUUCAGGCGCCAUGUAGCAGUUGAUGUGUCAGCAAACGCAAGACGGCGUGCAAAAGCAUUGCCUUUGAGACCCUUGUAUUGACAUCACUGUCAGCAUCUUGCGUGUUGCAUUAGUCGGGAUAUGGGGUUGUGACGAACUGUUGGAGCAAUUUUACAAAGCAGACAUACCCCGCUCCGGCAUUCUUCUUUCACGUAGGCAGAGUAAGCAUCCAAUUCAUCAUCGAUUAUUGGCUACAAUCUGCUUAUGUUUUCUGAAGCUUUCACCGAUUGCGUGUAUCUAGCGUGUCAGGGUUAGCACAAGAAGGAAUCUGGAGGUCUAAUUCAGCGUUUGCAAACGAAGUAGCCAGGAUGAAGCCCACGGCGAGUCGCCGUGUGGCUCCUGACAGCCGCAUCUUGAAGAUGCGGGAAUACGAGGACAGGCACAGGGCCUUGACUGAGGCCACUGUUGCUCAGCAACAGAUUAUGGCUACCGCAGAAUGGGAGAUGACUACAGACAGGAGGAUCAAAGCUCAAGUAAUUCAGGGCCGGUUUCAGCAUCUAAAGGAUAGGGAGGAGCAGAGACUGGAGGAGCGGAGGGAGAGGCUUGCAGAGAUGUUGAGAGCAGAGGAGGUUCAGUUUCAGCAGGAGCUGCGCAGCCUGGAGAUCCCCCCCGAGGAGCGGCGCGCGAUGCUGGAGGCGCGGGCCGUGGAGUUGCGCAACCGGCGCGAGGCCGAGCGCAAGCGGCUGGCGGACGAGCUGCUCUUCCAGCGUUGGCGCGAGGGUUGCGACGCCGUGCGCACACUCGACUCGAAGCACUUGACCAUGAGCGCCGUCAACGGCAGGCGCGCGCAGCUGGAGGAAAAGGAGAACCGGCUGCGGACCGAGGCGGAGGAGAAGCGCGCGGUGGAGGGCAUGAUGGAGCGCGAGCGGCUGAAGAAGGAGGCCAAGGUCGCCGAGGAGAAGCGCAAGCGUGCGCAGGUCGACGGCGAAGUCGUCAAGCUGCUGGACGAACAGAUGGAGCAGCUGCGCAUUCUGCAGGAGGAGACGGCGCAGAUGACGGCGCGUGAGGUGGCGGAGAUGAAGGCGCGGUGGGCGGCCGAAGACGCGGAGCACCGCGCGAGAGAGGAGGCGCUGCGCGAGCGGCAGCGCGAGGUGGGGCGCGAGCUGCUCACAUUCAACGAGCAGAAGAAGGUGGAGCGGCAGGCCAAGGAGGACCAAGAGCGGCGGUACGACCACGAAAUGAUCGAACAGACUCUUCGUAGAGAGCGGGAAGAGGAGCAGCGGGAACGCGAGGCGCGGGACAGGGCCAAGGAGGAGGAGCGGAUAUACAGGCAACACCUCGCGGCACUGAUGCAGCGCGAGCAGGUGGACGAGGCGGAGAAGGACGCAAUGAUCAAGGCGGCGGAGGACGCGGCGUGGGCCAAGCGGGAGGCCACGUGGCGGCGCGACAGGGUGGCACGUGCCCGCCUCAUGGAGCAGGUCGCGCAGGAGCGGGCGCAGCAGCUGGCGGAGAAAGAGGAAACGCGCGCGCGCAUGGAGGCCGAGAAGGAGGUGGAGCGGCUGCGCUUCAUGGAGGAGCUCGCGCAGAUCCGCGCGGAGGAGGAGGGGAAAGUGCGGGACAAGAAGAGGGCUCAAGAAGCUCAGCGCGGAGAGAUUGACCGGCAGCUCCGAAUGAAGCACGCGCUGCAGGAGACGAAAGCGGACCGGGUGCGGAAAGAGGUGGAAGAAGCCAAAGCGCAAGACCAAGUCUUCCAGACGAUGGUCUCGAAAGCUACGUCCGUCCCGCUGCAAAAGAAGUACCAUGGUCGGAGAAAAUUUGACUGGUACAGCUGAGCGGUGUACUGUCUAGCACGUGGCGAGUAUUAUAAAUUAGUAAGCUUGUGAACAUUCUAAUUCUCUCUGUGUAUACCUUCUAUAUCCACGGUGGAUUCACCUAUCAUGACCACGGGAUGCAGGCGCUCUGAAAUCUCUCUCGUAUAUGCAAUCCGGAUACUCAGGUUGACGUGUCCGGCCUGAUAAGAUCGACUUACAUCUUCAAGCCCCUCGCAGAAUCUCUACGAGCCAGAACAGAUAACUGUAGGGCUAUAAUCGAAUGUCCAAUCACCGC